AUGUCGUUGAGUAAAAUUGGUGGGCUGGCCAAUGGAUUUUUGGCUUGUUCGCGGGCCGGAAUCAUGUCCAAUCAGGCCAGAAAUGUUGUUCAUAAAAGUUUGCUCAGGUUAGUUGCGAUUUUUUAGAAAAUGUAAAAAGUCAAUUUUUUCGCCUAUAAAUUAUAUACAAAAACAAUUAGCAGCAAAUAAUUUCUUGAAAUUUGGGAAAGAAAACUUUUCUGAAAAAAUACACUUCUUGAAUUUUGUCGAAAAUGUUUUCUAACUGAAUUUGAUGAAUUUUAGAGCUUCGACAAGAAUUUUAAGGUCCUGAACAAAACGUUAUAUUUUGCACCUGAAAAAUGCGAGGUAUCCUGUAAAAAAUGGAAUAGAAAACACCGGAUCCGAUUAAUCUUGGAAACUGAAAAGUGUUGUGAUUUUGCAUUGUAUUGUAUUUACCAAUUAUAGGCUAUUUUUCUAGAUUACCAAGCGACCAUCCUGAACCAUGGGACUAUAAAAAAUUGGGUUUCAACUACAUCGAUGGAUUGAAAGAUGAUACACAAGCUCAUCUGAAUGCAAAUUCUCGAUUGAUUGUUGUUGAAGGAAAUAUUGGAUCGGGAAAAACUACAUUGGCAAAACAAUUGGCCGAACAAUUGGGUUUCCAUUAUAUUCCCGAAUUUAGAAUGGAUGAUAUUCUUGUUGAUCGAUAUGGAAAUGAUUUGAGAAACUUUUAUCAUUUGGUUAGUUUGAAAUUAGAAAGUUUAUAAAUGAAAAAUGGAAGAGGAAAUCUGAGCCCAUAUUUUUCUAGUUCCCUGAAAGAUAUCGUCUUCCCGACAUGAAAACCUUCUAUAAAAAUCCAAAUGGACAAUUGUCGGCUGCAAUGCAAGAUCGUAUUUUCAACAGUCGAUUCGAUCAAUAUUUGAAUGCUCUUGCUCAUAUUAUGAAUACCGGUUUGUUUUUCUUUUUUCUCCAAAUUCCCUAUUAAAAAAUCGAGAUUUUUAGGACAAGGAGUUGUUCUUGAGCGAACACCGCAUUCCGAUUUCAUUUUUGCAAAUGCGAUGAGAGACAAGAAUUAUAUUGGACAUGAAUGUGAGUUUUUUUCAGAAAUUUGAAAAGAAAAACGUUAUUUUUCUGGAAUUUUAAGAAAUUUCACAUCAGCAAAAAUUAAUAUUUUGAGUUUUCAGACUUCAAACACUACUACUAUGUUCGUAAAAAUGCCAUUCCUCAACUUCAUUUCUGGCCACAUUUGGUGAUUUAUUUGAAUACACCAGUCAAUAAAUGUUUGGAAAAUAUCAAACGACGUGGAAAUGUUGAUGAAAUUGCAACUGUUGAUGAGAAAUAUUUGAAAACUAUUGAGGAAUCAUACAAGGAUUCAUUGAGAGAAUUCAAGAAACACUCGAAAAUUUUGGCAUAUGAUUGGACAAAACCCGGAGAUACUGAUGCGGUUGUUGAGGUAACAUUUUUAGAGAAAUGAGCGAGUGUUUCCUAUAAUUCAAUUUUGCAGGAUAUCGAACGAUUGGAUUUGGAUUUCUUUGAAUGGCACAGCGGAGAAGUUAUGGAAGAAUGGAAUACAAUUGUUGAUGCUGUUGGAUGGAAUGGCUGGAGACAAUAGUUUGUUUUUUUUUCAAUUUGAAAAAGUUCUUUUGAAAUCUAUGAUUCCAAAAAACAUUUUCUCCCCCAUUUUCCUCUUCUUUCUAAUUCAUUUUGUUUUCAGUGCCACCUCAAAAUACGACGCCAGAAUGUUGGCUUUUGAUGGAAUCGACACACACGAAGUUGGAGAAUUGUAUGUGAAUCCACGUGACACUGGACACUUUUUGCAUGUAAUGAGAAAAGAAGUGUUGAAAUCGCCAUAUGGUUAUGGAUAUAUUGCCAAGAAUGGAGAUCAUCAAAAUGGAACCAGCAAUUGGCAUACUGGACAUCAUCUACCAGAACCAUGGUUUGUGCUUUUUGAAGAUUUGAAAAACUUUUUGAAUUUUAAUUACAUAGUAUCUAUAGGAAAAUUGCUCCUAGAAACAAAUACCCUAUUCUCAAUAAAAAAUGAAAUCUGAAUCUUGUAUGACUCGAGAAAGUGUAGUUUUUGUACAAAAAUGUGUUUCAAACUACAUUAAAAAAUAUAAUUUUUUAUCGUGUGACACAAUCGAUAACUAGAGAAAUGUUGAUAACUAGAAAAUUGAUUGGCAUUUAACUUUAUCUGAUAUUGAGCUCGUAGUCUAGAUUAUAUGAAACCCUCAAUCACAACCUCCAGCUUUAGCUCAAAGAUUUCAGUUCCCUAGGAAACCGAAAUUUGUUAUUUCAAAUCUGACAAAUUUUUAAUAAUAAAAGAUCAGCACAAAAUAAUUAUAGGUUAGCCGAAAGUUAGAAAUAAUUGGAAAAUGGAGUUUACUGUACUUACUAGAGAUUUAAAUUAUAAAAAAUCUGGUGUUAUCAAAAUGAAAUUAUUUUUGAAAUUGAAAAAUUCAAGGCUCAAAAAUUAUCCAAAAAAUGAGUUUUACAUGUUUGCAGGUAUGAAUACUAUUAUCGCGAAGCGUAUUAUGAUGAUUUGACAUCACACGAAACAUCACUUGAUUUGGAUUCAGAUUCAUACGAUCCGGAUUAUGUUCAUCAUCAUCAUUAA